AGAAGAUCACUUACGUCAUCACCAAGCGACGAAAGUGUGACAGACGGCAUAGAAGGAGAAAUGGCUGCAAGGUUACUGCUCCGUACCGGUCUAAGAGCGGCGGCAAGCUGCCGAGCUGCCCGGGCCCCUGUUCUGAGCCGCACCAUGGCGGCUGGAGGGAUUCCCACUGAUGAGGAGCAGGCCACUGGACUGGAGAAGGCCGUCAUGAAGGCCAUGAAAGAGGGAACGGAUCCCUACAGCAUGAUGAAGCCGAAGGCUUACGCUGGCUCCAAGGCUGAUCCCCACCUGGUUCCCUCCAUCACAAACAAGAGGAUUGUGGGAUGCGUCUGUGAGGAAGACAACACCGCUGUGGUUUGGUUCUGGCUUCAUGAGGGCGAGGCACAACGCUGCCCGUCCUGCGGCGCCCACUACAAACUGGUACCCCACGAGCUCCCCCACUAAAUUAUUAUUACCUUAAAGAUGUACAAAACUAGUUUGGCUUCUCAGAUGUUAAAAUGAGUCCAAUUACUUUCUUUUCAACCAAGGGGAUCAUGUAACUUACGGGCUCAAUGUAUUUCUUCUUCUUUUGUUAAUACUUGAUCCAACUUCUGACCUCAUCAGUCUUUCCAUGUUACAUUUCCACACAGACCAACCGUGUUCGGGACUCAAAGAUUUAGUUUACAUUUACAUAUGUACUGUGUUGUUUUACUCGGCUCAUUUAACUCCUCUGAAAGAAUAAAAGUGCUGAACUCGU